UCGCUUUGCAGGACGAUGCCCAGCCAACUGAGCCACACCAGUCAGGGCAUGAUAUCACUUUUUACACAAGGCCAAUGACAUCAAAAUCACCUGGUGAACUGAUACCUGUGUCCAUCAAAUUCUGCACACUGGCUCUUCUUUCUCAGGGUCCCAUUGGAAGUGGGCCCUUUCAUUCCUGCCUCCAUUUUUCAUUUGCUGCCUCUCAAAGAGGUCUCCAUGUCCCAUCUUUCUCCAUGUCGGCAGUUUUUUGCUAUUCCUCCACCGUACUUCUCCAAAACACAAAUGUGUAUUAGUUAUAUUUCUUGUUAUAACCUGUGACCACGGGGCUCUGAUCAUGUUUCUUCUGGCAUAAUCACCAAAUAAACAAGGAAGAUUGGCUCCGGUCUGUGUCAAAUAAGACUUACUGCCAGCACGACAUGGGCUUACCGUCAGUCCCAUUCCUCUCUUCUGUUUUAGGUGUAAGCUCAAGGAAACCCUGUGCACAGAGAUGAGCAGUUGGGAGUGAGGCCCACGCUGCUGAGGGCUGGGGCCUCUGGAGCCCACUUGAGCGAACUAGGAGGGGCAAUUGGGAAAGGGAGGGGGGAGGCCUCGGGGGGCUUCUCAAACUUACUGAUUUUUGGACAGAGUACAUGUAGGGGGUGAGAUCUGGAAAGACAAUUUUUAAAAACCUCUGCCUGCUCUGUGGACCCUCUUAAAGACUUUGUGUCAUGCCAGGGGCCUGCAGACCCCUGUGAAGACGGAUUCAGCAGGUCACUUGGGGACCCUGUGACUCCAUGGAGCCCCUGCAGAUCUGUCCUGUGUGCACAUGCUCUUGUCAACAGCCAGGAAACCCACCCCUCCAUCCCCGGUGAGGCCUGGACCCCUGGGAGGUGGCACCCAAAUUGAUGGGACUGAGUAAAAAGAAUCUACUAAUUGUUGGAAGGUUGAAUUUGGUCACCCAGGGCUUAUUUUCUGAGUACUACCCCAGAUCAGCAGAGACACUUCUGAGGAGUACAUAUUCUGGUGAGGAAGACACAGAAAGUGAUUUUGCAGUGAUGGAUGUUCUGAAGAUAGGGCCAGGGGAGGGAGCAGGGGAGGGAGCAGGGGAGGUGUGUUUGAAGAGGUAACAUUUGAAUGGAAACCUGAUGGAGUGAGGGAGCAAAUCAAGCAUAUAUCUGAGUGAACAGCAUUCCAGGCAGAGAGGCAGAAAGUGCAAAGGCCCUGGAGCAGGUGCAUGUUUGUAUGUUUGAGAGCCAUGUAUGGUACACACCCCAUGCAUGGUGUGUUUGAAGGCCAGUUAGGAAGCCAUUGUGGCUGGAGUUGGCUGGAGCUGCUUCAGCAAGGGGGCAAGUAGGUAGAGAGAGGCCAGAGUAGUGAUGGGAAAGGGGGGCCAACCGUACAGAGUCUUUCAGCCACUGUGAAGACUCACGCUUUGACUUGGAGUAACAUGAAAAGCCAUGGGCGGGGGGAGGCUGGUUGUAGCCCAGGGAUGAUAUGGUCUCAAUAAAGGGAAUGUUCAGGCUUCUGGGUAGGGAAGAGAGAUUAAGGCUGGGUUCAGAGGGCAGAGAAAGUCCAGUGAGGAGGCCUUGGCUGUCAUCCAACUCACUGCUGUUGGGGCUCAGGCCAGGGGGGCAGAUGUGGCAGUGGCAGGACUGGGCUAGGGAAGGAGACUGUUUCAGAUCAAACUACCUGGAUGGAGCAGAGACCCAAAGAAGGCUCACAGCCAUGUUAACAUGUGGGCAAAGAGACUUUGGGACGGAGGACACCAGUGGUGCAAAGGCCCUGGGGCCGGUCCAACCUGGCCGCCAGGGGGCUGAAGCCAGUGGGAACCUGAAUCAAUAACCAAGGAGGGAAGUGGCAGCUUCUGCCCGCAGAUUGCCUUACAAGGCGCCCUGCAGUGCAGUGGCCACGCUCAGCCACCACCAGCUCGGGCCCCGAGCAUUCGGCAGGAACGCACGCGGAGGGGGCGGGGCCGACAGGGCGCCGGCUGUGGGUUCUGCGCGGCUGUCACUGCGUGAGUUGACGCUGCAGCUUCCAAUUCAGACAUGCUGCUGCUCAAGAAACAGACGGAGGACAUUAGCAGUGUCUAUGAGAUCCGGGAGAAGCUGGGCUCGGGUGCCUUCUCUGAGGUGGUGUUGGCCCAGGAACGGGGCUCCUCACACCUUGUUGCUCUCAAGUGCAUCUCCAAGAAGGCCCUUCAAGGCAAGGAGGCCCUGGUGGAGAAUGAGAUUGCGGUGCUCCGCAGGGUCAGCCACCCCAACAUCGUGGCUCUGGAGGAUGUCCACGAGAGCCCCUCCCACCUCUACUUGGCCAUGGAGCUGGUGACAGGGGGUGAGCUGUUCGACCGCAUCAUGGAGCGUGGCUCCUACACAGAGAAGGAUGCCAGCCACUUGGUGGGCCAGGUUCUUGGCGCUGUCUCCUACCUGCACAGCUUGGGCAUCGUGCACCGUGACCUCAAGCCUGAAAACCUCCUCUAUGCCACACCAUUCGAGGACUCUAAGAUCAUGGUCUCUGACUUCGGCCUCUCCAAAAUCCAGGCUGGCAACAUGCUGGGCACUGCCUGUGGAACUCCAGGAUAUGUGGCCCCAGAGCUCUUGGAGCAGAAACCCUAUGGAAAGGCCGUAGAUGUGUGGGCCCUGGGUGUCAUCUCCUACAUUCUGCUGUGUGGGUACCCCCCCUUCUACGACGAGAGCGACCCCGAACUCUUCAGCCAGAUCCUGAGGGCCAGCUACGAGUUUGACUCUCCCUUUUGGGAUGACAUCUCAGAAUCAGCCAAAGACUUCAUCCGGCACCUUCUGGAGCGAGACCCCCAGAAGAGGUUCACCUGCCAGCAGGCCUUACAGCAUCUUUGGAUCUCUGGGGAUGCUGCCUUUGACAAGGAUAUCCUGGGCUCAGUCAGUGAACAGAUCCAGAAGAAUUUUGCCCGAACCCAAUGGAAGCGAGCAUUCAAUGCCACCUCUUUCCUGCGCCACAUCCGAAAGCUGGGGCACAGCCCAGAGGGUGAGGAGGCCUCAGAGCAGAAGAUGGCCCGCCACAGCCACCCAGGCCUCCGGGCUGGCCAGUCCCCCAACUGGUGAUGCCCAGAUGCCGAGGCUGAGUGCACUGACCCCCAGAUUCUCUUCCCACGGACUCGUUCACUCCUCUUCCCCAUCCCCUGUACCCCGGGGCUGGCCUCUGCUGGAGAGUUUGAGAUGUCAGUGUGGCACAUGGCACUGGGGUGAGAGUGGGGCACCCCCCAGGCUCUGCCCUCACCUAGGGGCUGGUGGAGCAUGUCCACAGGGCUCCCCUCCCCUGUCACUGCCACAACCCCUGUGAAACCUGGAGAGGCUCCAGGGAAAGUCCUUCCUGCACGCUGUUCUGCGCUUCGCUGACUGUGGGUGGUCCUGCUUGUGUCGUGGCCCUCCAGCUCCCCUUCCACUUUUCCCCAAAUCAAUAAAGACAGACAGAGCAAUGGGCCAGUGGUGAG